AUGUCUUUUCAUUUCAAGAUUCGAAUUUGUUGGACAAUUCUGAUACUUUUCUGCAUUGGAAGCAUUUGGUGGUCAGAUAUCUAUAAAGGUUUGUAGAGAUUAGAAUCUAGAAUGCUGCAUAUCUUGCUUUGAAAAUGGCUUCUGAUCGGCUUAAAAAUAAAAAUUAAUUCUCACGAGAUCUGUUUUUAAUUAUGUAGAAUUUACUUCAAAGUUUACGCUGACAACGAUUAGGGAAGAAUCCAAAACAUCACUUCGAAAGGAAUAUUCCGUGGUAAGUAAAGAAAGGUUUUCUUUUAUAAAAUAUCUGAUAUACUACGAGGGUCUGGUUUGUCUAAAAACUUGUCGUUUACUGCACCGGUAACCCCUAAGAAAAUUAAAGUCAAUUUAUUUCAUUGAACUGUUUUCGUGUGCUCUCAACAUUGCGCUAAACUGAUAGAAAUUACGCUCUAUUGCUUAAAGAAUCCUAUAACUAGGAGGUUGAUUCGGACCAGACGAGACAAUUUCUUGGAAAACAAAAAUUUAUUUCAGUACGACACACCUCGGCAACAUUUUUUCGUCACUUUCCUUUUUUCCUUUCGCAAUAUCCGCGCGGAGAACAAAAUUUUGCAAAUCUAUCUCGCUUGAGUCUGAUCACAUGCUUUACGCCGGUUUCGCUACUCGUCAAGUUCGCUACGUUCGACUUUGCUACAUGUUCGCUACUAACGUGCAGAAUUUGCUGCCUCUGUUAGUUCACAAGCAAUAUCUGUAACUUAUACUCCCAACUGCGUGAUUGCCAUUUUGAGUCAGUUAAACUGAUUAUAUGCAAAUUGCCUUAAGGUUUGCUGUCAACCGGCUCGGAGGUUUCGUGAUUGUUGCGAGGUUGCGUCUCAGAAGUAAACCUGAUUGUAGGGUGGAACGUAUUGGCGAAGUCUAAAAAAUUGUAAGCUUCUUUCAUAGAAAUGUCCCACAGUGAAAAGGUGUCAUCAAGAAAUCUCUUCCAGACCAAAGGUUAGAGGAGCGAACCAUUAACAGUCGUUUUUCUAGGUCUGCCAUUUCUCUCUCUUGUCGAUGAUAACCACCACGUUGGUUCGAAGUGAUCGUGGAAGUAGAAUGAUAGAAUGGUAAUAUGAAGUAAGUAGCGAAUUCGGCAUGUAAGCAGCGAACAUGUAGUGUAAUCGAUAAGUAGCGAAACCGACUGUUACGGAUCACAUCAUGAUACAAAUUAAAUUUAUUUGACGGUUAUUAUUUGAAUUGCCCUCUAAAUCAUAGGAAUUGUUAAAAAGCGAAUGAUUGGACUAAAGUCUUUUUCUUUUGGUAUUCAAACAAUUGUUUUUUGCUCAAAUUUACAUGUUAGUUUGAUAUAUUAUUCUGUGUGUGUUUUUGAGUUGUACAACGUCGUAAAAAUCAAUGCAAAUACCCAUUCCUCGUGUAAACAAUCCCCUAAAAGAUAUUACCUUCCGAUCGAGUUGUAUCGAUUAUGGAUCGAGAGAGAGAACGACCUCAUUUACGUAUUUGUUUUUAGAAAUGUAAUAAUGAGCGAGCCUUACUAAUUGCGAAUGCAUGAAACAGCAGCUUAAUAUAACUCCCAAGGGACCGAUCAUUAUUCACCGACUGCAAGGGGGAAGUUGGAGAAUUUUGACUGUGUCGCAAAAAAAUUUACCUGCUCCUACGAACAGGUAAAUUUUACUUUUUUUAAGAGAUCUGAAGUAUUUUCCUCAUCGGAAGUCAAUUUGCCAUAUUGCCCACUUAAUGUUAGAGAUGAAACGACCGACUCCUUUCCCAACCUCUUCCGUUUCCGGUCCUUUCCGUAAAAAUCAUGGGAUCCCCACAAAUACUUCGACUCCCCCACUGGUACCUUAGAAUAUAAGAUUUCUUGCCGCUCAUUAGAUUGGCAAACUUUAAACUACAAGCUAUGCAGUUUUAAUCUGUUGCUUUCAGGAUUUUACAAACGCUCGACAACUUGAAGAUCGCAUACAGGCCCGAAGAAAGAUGGUUGCGGAUUACUGCAAGAGGCACAAAACCAAUGACUCUCUAUUUGGAACUAAUCUCCGCUAUUUUCUGGUCUUUCGGAAGAGAAAGGUUAUCUAUUGUUUUGUCCCGAAAGUUGCAAGUACGCAAUGGCAGAAAGAACUCUUCGUUUUAAAAGAGGAAGAUGAGGAAAUGUCUCGUGAUGCAAACUUUACCGUAGCUAAGAACAACUUGAAUUACUUUUCUGAGCAAGAAGCACGGCAAAUGCUGAAGAGUUAUUUCACGUUCCUGUUUGUUCGCGACCCGAUGGAACGCAUACUUUCUGCUUACAAAGAUAAGUUACUAGAAGACAACAAAAUUUUCCGACGCACAAUUGGCAGAAAAAUCAUCGCACGAUUUCGGCCAAAUGCUACUCAACAUGCUCUCGAAACAGGUAGUGUUGUUACGUUUCCAGAAUUCACGAAUUUUUUGCUGAAAGCAAAAGAGUACGAUGAACACUGGAGACCAUUUGACAACCUUUGCCAUCCUUGUGCAAUUAACUUUGAUUUUAUUGGACAUUACGAAGAUCUCGCUGAGGAAGCUCCUUAUUUGGUAAAAAAGGCGGGAAUUGACGACCGCGUUUCGUUCCCUCCUGUUCGCGCGUCGAACACCACGGCUGACCUGUUGCAAUAUUAUUCACAAAUUCCUAAUACGAAAAUCUUGCAGUUAGCAAAGAUAUACGAAAAUGACUAUAAAAUGUUUAAUUUUCCAUUCCCAGGUAAACUGGCAAAGCUCUUUGAUUCUAAAGAAAGCUGA